GAAAUUGUUGCUUUCCAGGGGUCACUCUGGCUUCGACUCCGUCGCUCUCAAUUCGUCACCAGGAGGAAGACGGAGCUGGCUGCCCAGCCCAAAGGCCCAUGAGGGGAUGCAGUUAUGGGCUCUGUCGCCGUGGAACUUGUUUGCUUCAUUCUUAUGUACCUACCUUUGCACCUUGUAAUCAUCCUUUAUGCCUCAGAUUGUUAUUUUGUGUCAGUAAGUAAUCCAUAAAGUGCCAACAUGGGAAAGAAACGGACAAAGGGAAAAACUGUUCCAAUCGAUGAUUCCUCUGAAACUUUAGAGACGGUGUUUCCCUGUGUUGGUCAGGCUGAUCUUGAACUCCUGGCCUCGAGUGAUCUGCCUGCUUCGGCCUCCAGAAGUGCUGGGAUUACACAGCCUAUGUGCAGACACAUUAGAAAAGGAUUGGAACAAGGUAACUUGAAAAAGGCUUUAGUGAAUGUGGAAUGGAAUAUCUGCCAAGACUGUAAGACUGACAAUAAAGUGAAAGAUAAAGCUGAAGAAGAAACAGAAGAAAAGCCUUCAGUUUGGCUAUGUCUUAAAUGUGGCCAUCAGGGCUGUGGCAGAAAUUCUCAGGAGCAGCAUGCCUUAAAGCACUAUCUGACGCCAAGAUCUGAACCUCACUGUCUGGUUCUUAGUUUGGACAACUGGAGUGUGUGGUGUUACAUAUGUGAUAAUGAGGUCCAGUACUGUAGUUCAAACCAAUUGGGUCAAGUGGUUGAUUAUGUUAGAAAACAAGCCGGCAUUACAACUCCAAAGCCAGCAGAGAAAGAUAAUGGAAAUAUUGAACUUGAAAAUAAAAAAUUAGAAAAAGAGAGUAAGAAUGAACAAGAGAGAGAAAAGAAGGAAAACAUGGCUAAAGAGAAUCCUCCCGUGAAUUCUCCUUCCCAGAUAACUGUGAAAGGACUCAGUAAUUUGGGAAACACGUGUUUCUUCAAUGCAGUUAUGCAGAACUUGUCACAAACACCAGUGCUUAGAGAACUACUAAAAGAAGUGAAAAUGUCUGGAACAAUUGUAAAAAUUGAACCACCUGAUUUGGCAUUAACAGAACCGUUAGAAAUAAAUCUUGAGCCUCCAGGCCCUCUAACUUUAGCCAUGAGCCAGUUUCUUAAUGAGAUGCAAGAGACCAAAAAGGGGGUUGUGACACCGAAAGAACUCUUUUCUCAGGUCUGUAAAAAAGCAGUGCGGUUUAAAGGCUAUCAGCAGCAAGACAGCCAGGAGCUGCUUCGCUAUUUAUUGGAUGGGAUGAGAGCAGAAGAACACCAAAGAGUGAGUAAAGGAAUACUUAAAGCAUUUGGUAAUUCUACUGAAAAAUUGGAUGAAGAACUAAAAAAUAAAGUUAAAGAUUAUGAGAAGAAAAAAUCAAUACCAAGUUUUGUUGACCGCAUCUUUGGUGGUGAACUAACUAGUACGAUCAUGUGUGAUCAAUGCAGAACUGUCUCCUUGGUUCAUGAAUCUUUCCUUGAUUUGUCCCUCCCAGUUUUAGAUGAUCAGAGUGGUAAGAAAAGUGUAAAUGAUAAAAAUCUGAAAAAGACAAUGGAAGAUGAAGAUCAAGAUAGCGAGGAAGAAAAAGAUAACGACAGUUACAUAAAAGAGAGAAGUGAUAUUCCUUCUGGAACAAGUAAGCACUUACAGAAAAAAGCAAAGAAACAAGCCAAAAAGCAAGCCAAGAACCAACGAAGACAACAAAAAAUUCAAGGAAAAGUGCUUCAUUUAAAUGAUAUUUGUACUAUUGACCAUCCUGAAGACAAUGAAUAUGAAGCUGAAAUGUCACUUCAAGGAGAAGUAAAUAUUAAAUCCAACCAUAUUUCACAAGAGGUUGUUAUGCAUAAAGAAUAUUGUGUCAACCAGAAAGAUUUGAAUGGCCAAGAAAAAAUGAUCGAAAGUGUAACUGACAAUCAAAAAUCCACAGAGGAAGUAGAUAUGAAAAAUAUCAACAUGGAUAAUGAUCUGGAGGUUUUAACAUCUUCUCCCACUGACUGUACUAGGAAUUUAAAUGGUGCCUACCUAACGGAAGGGAGCAGUGGAGAAGUGGACAUUUCCAAUGGUUUCAAAAACCUAAAUUUGAAUGCUGCUCUUCAUCCUGAUGAAAUAAAUAUAGAGAUUCUGAAUGAUAGUCAUACUCCUGGAACAAAGGUGUAUGAGGUUGUAAAUGAAGAUCCAGAAACUGCUUUCUGUACUCUUGCAAACAGGGAAGUUUUCAAUACUGAUGAGUGUUCAAUCCAACAUUGUUUAUAUCAGUUCACCCGAAAUGAGAAACUUCGAGAUGCGAAUAAACUGCUUUGUGAAGUAUGCACACGGAGACAGUGUAAUGGACCAAAGGCAAAUAUAAAAGGUGAAAGGAAGCAUGUUUACACCAAUGCCAAAAAGCAGAUGCUAAUUUCUCUUGCUCCUCCUGUUCUUACUCUUCAUUUAAAGAGAUUUCAGCAGGCUGGUUUUAACCUACGCAAAGUUAACAAACACAUAAAGUUUCCGGAAAUCUUAGAUUUGGCUCCUUUUUGCACCCUUAAAUGUAAGAAUGUUGCAGAAGAAAAUACAAGGGUACUCUAUUCCUUAUAUGGAGUUGUUGAACACAGUGGUACUAUGAGGUCGGGGCAUUACACUGCCUAUGCCAAGGCAAGAACCGCAAAUAGUCAUCUCUCUAAUCUUGUUCUUCACGGUGAUAUUCCACAAGAUUUUGAAAUGGAAUCAAAAGGGCAGUGGUUUCACAUCAGCGACACACAUGUGCAAGCUGUGCCUACAACUAAAGUACUAAACUCACAAGCGUACCUCCUAUUUUAUGAGAGAAUACUGUAAUAAUAUCAAAAAUACUUUUUCUGGAAACACAUUUAUGGCUUUUAUAAUGGCUGAAAUAACAAUAAAAAAAAGUAAAGACUAAUUAAAAUCAUGUUCACUUAACAUUAAAUACAUGCCAGAAGAAAUAGUUUAUUUAAAUAUUGAAGGGAAAAACACCUAAAAAUGUACAAAGGUUUUGUAUUGUCAUGGUGGUUUUUAUUCCUGCUUUGUUUCUGGAAAGGAAAUCCUGAAUUACUUAAGUCCUCUGUGUUUAAUAUAUCUGGGUGAUGGAUCACAACACAUCAAUAAACUGACUUACCCUAAAA